AUGGCCUUUAUUCCGUUUUCGGCUACCCCAAAGAGCAUAUCCACUACUCGGACCAUUCUACAUUCCGUCUCCCCCGAUUUAUCGGCCGAAGAAGCGUUGGCUCGUACCAAGGCUCAUUUGGUAAAGCUGCAACGACGCCAACCCUCCACGGACAAUAACAACGAGAAUAACAAGUUGCAUCCCCAGCAACGGCAGAGUAUUGCUCAAGAAACGCUGUAUCAAGAAUACAUUUUGCAAUCUGCCAAUUCGUUAAAACAAGAACUCCAAAGUCUUCGACUCAACACCAAGGGACGAAAACCAGAUUUGGCUAGACGAUUGGCACAAUAUAAAAUCCUGAAAGAUACCCAAAAAGAGGAUAAUGGCGUGGAUGUGGUAGAACAAGGAUCUCUGGUGACGGAUCAUGAUACUGAUAGUGCAGCAACAACCGGCGAUGUGCCAUAUCCCGUCUCGUUUGCGGGUAUUCCACUGUCCCGAACCGCCGCCACGGCCCUACAUCAAGCAGGAUUCUUGAAGCAACCCAGUCCCAUUCAAGCGGCUGCUAUUCCGGCCAUGGACCAAGGAGAAUCCAUCCUCUUGCACGCACCCACAGGAAGUGGAAAAACCAUUGCCUACGUGCUACCCAUUACCGAAUUCUUGUGGCAAAGUGAUCCACAAUCAGACUUUUUUGCUGUGAUUGCCACUCCCACUCGCGAAUUGGCCGCACAAGUCGCAGGAGUCGCCAGUACGUUGGCACCACCGGGCAGUGUCCGAUUGUUGUCGCAUCCGUCCAAUCUCAUGAAAAAUGGUUCCAAGGAUCAAAAAGUUCGAAACGACGACACGGAGGGCAUGCCACGAAUUAUUGUGGGAACUGCCAAGACCAUUGUGCACAGUCUGUACGGCAAUGAGGAUUUUCCCAGUUCUCCCACACCCAAACCAUUGGCCAUGCAAUUUCUCAAAUCGGUACGAGUCUUGGUCUUGGACGAAGUCGAUCGAUUGUUGGCUACGAACAGCAAUAGCAAUAGUAAGAAACGCGGCAAUUCACAACACGAACACGAAAAACCGGCUGCCAUUUUGGCCGCCGCCGUGGCACGGCAUACACUGGGACAAUCCCAAGUGGUGGCCGCCAGUGCCACGGUUGGACGACCUCUGAAACGAGAAUUGGCACGAGUGUUGGGAUUGCCGCCGCCGCAGGGACCUCGGGUCAUUGUGGCGCAAAGUACCAUUGCCGGCAGCAACAAAGACGAAGAGGAUGCUACUACCCCAACAGGUUCCUCGCGACUCGUCACCAUUCCCGAUACUGUAGAGCAUUACAUUUCGGCUGUCACCCCGAACGAAGAAGAUGGCAAUCACGAUACCGCUUCAUCGGGACAAUUGCUCAUUCAAGCCUAUCAAGUCAUUCAAGAUAUUGUGGCGACGGCGGCAAAAAGCAAACAACAAUCGACACGCAUCCUGUUGGUGUUGGCGCGAGGAUUUGGAAUUUCCACCCAACAAGUUAUUGGAGCCUUGAAGCAUUUCAACUGUCAACCAGAACCACAGUCCUUGCUGGACGCCUUGCACGAAAAUGCCUUGGAAGGGACCGAUCACAUGAUGCAAGUCCAUCGAAAAGUGAGUGGUGCCACCGGUGUGGGACAGAAGUCGACCAGUGUUGCCGUGGAAGAAUCCCUGUGGGUCACCGGAGAAGAUACCGUGCGAGGAUUGCAUCUGGACGGAUUGGAUGCGGUCGUCCUAGUGGGAAGACCCAAAGGACCCGAUGAAUACACACAUAUUGCUGGACGGACCGGACGAGCGGGAAAAUCGGGCACGGUCGUGGCUGUGGUGGCAGACACGCAAGCGCCACUCCUCCGGGCAUGGGAGACGAUGCUUCAGAUGGAGUGGAAAGAUUACGAAACAACGGACUAA